AUGAAUUCAGGUGGAAUAUUUAAAUUCAGACCAAGCGACGUCCAAGGAGGGUAUGUGGCAUUUGGCAAAGCUGAACGCAUCCCCUCUCAUCCGCAUUCAACCCUGCAUUGUCUUAGCCGUGACGAGCUCUUUUCGGGGCUAUGGAAGCAAUCACUCGAGUUCCAAGGCCCUGAUAGCAGGAUACCUUGCUAUGCUCUCUUGCAGUGGUGUAGCCUUGAACACACAACCCUACAGCUGCGUUAUCACCCGACUACCAAGGUCCUGCGGAUACCGUUGUUGCCAUCGUUCUUUGGGCGACUUCAGUUCUCGUUUCUUCUGUUUGAUAUCCUAUUGGGUGCAAGAAACUUAGCCGGCUCGGUCGCGACGAUGCUACAUUCGGCCUCGCGCUGGUACGUUGGCGCAACCUCCCUGAACGAGGUCAUGGUCCUUACUCGCUAUGCGCUAGUGCUUCGGCAUCGCAAUGCUAGCAAUGUCGAAUGCAUCGGUUGUCUAGAGCAGGUUGAGCGAUACUUCAAGGUCCAAGACUUCUCUCCGGCGCUACCGAGUUCGGCUGAGAAGUCCCCUCCAGCUCCACUGGGCAUCUCAGUCCCUCACAGUCGCUGCACUAAUGUGUAUCAAACUAUCAAUCCAUUAGCGUCACCCACUCUGAAGAUACUGAUCCCUAAUACCACUUUCUACGUCUUCAUUUACGUCUUCCGUCUCCUUAGAUGCUACGUCCAAGGACGUGUUCCCCCCAUGGAAUCCUAUACUACGCUAUCACCGCUCUCAACAUUGCAUUUACAUUUGGCCGCCGCAUAUAUAUUGCCCACUCACUAUAUGGGCUCUACAGAUGAGGAACAACCGUUGAAGUGUGAAGCAGAUAUUGGAAGGUCCAUACUCCUUCGAUGGCCUCUCCAUUCCGACGACCAGCUAUCUAUCCUGAACCGCACAUCGGAAAGCACCAAAGCACGAAAGAGUGGACCCCUUUCUCGUUUCCAUGGCAUGGAGCACCUUAACGGUGCUAGAUUUAGGAUGGGGGGCCAGGACAUAAGUAUAACCGCACAUCAAAUGCUUGGGAUGAAUGGGGUAGCGAUUCAAUAUGACUAUAAUUUUGUUUCACUACCUAAAUAUGUGAUCGACUUCCUCUUGCUCCAAUAUCUCCAGAAAUUUCUCCAAUGCCUUGAUCGCUACCUUGCGAUCUCCAAGACUGAGCCUACUAAGCAAGAGCAGCACCCUGUUCCCGAUGAUGACGAAGAGGGACACCUGGUUAUGCUGUACGUAAAUACCUCUCUGAGAUACAGAGAGUAUGCCGGACUAGCGGUCAAACUCAGCUGCCGAAAAGGGACUAGGCAAGUGAAAGCGAGCGUGGUGAUUCCUUUCGUGUCGCCACAAAUGAUUACCAAUCCCUUCAAGCUGUACUAUCAGUUUAUCCAUGACAUCGUAUCGCGAAGGAUAGAAGAGGAAAAGGGUAUCAAGGAUACUAACAUGCCCAGAAUGGAUAUGUUCCGCUUUUUGUGCAAUGCGAAAAAUCCAGACAUAGGCGACUUGGCAUAUAUGGAGAAAGCUCUGGGGGCUGGAGCAAUUCUUCUUAUUAUUGCAGGCUCAGAUAGCGUGUCAACUAUUACGAAGGAAAUCGGCGGUACAUUUGCAUCUUCCAAAGAUAUUUUCAAUGGGCCAAAACUGUCCUCAUUUGGGUUGAGAAGCUACACUUGGGCCGUAAUGGGGACACUUUUAGCGACCCAAACAGAUUUUGCCCAAAAAGAUAUAUUCCUUCGGGCGAAACUGGAAACCUGUUAUCAUCCCUUUCAUUGGUCUACAAACUGUGCUGGAAAAGCCAUCGCCAUGGCCGAAUUUGCGCUCAUUGCUGGAAGACUCUGUUUCCUUAAGAUAGAGAGGAGAGAUACGAAUCAGUAUCAACUAAUCGGCGCGUAUAACACUGCACGGGACAGCCCUGUAUUUUUGAGGAAUCGAGAGUCUGCCGUUAUCACCGCUAUUGUUUCUUCAGCAGAUUUCCCUCUAUUUAUAUUCCUGUUUUCUGUUCCCAAGAGAGAUUUGAGCAAUGCGCACUCUACAUCCUGCAUGGCGUAUAAUAUAGGCCACAUACUUAUCCAGUAUAUACCUCCACUUUACAAGCAUAGAGUGCGCUUGAUAAAUCAGAAAUUUUUCGCAGAAUUUAACAUCAAUGAGGAAAACAACAUAAAAACUAUCGCAUGGUUAGAGCUGAUGGAGUUCCGAGUCGUCAAUCAGGUGAAACACUACGUCAUUUUGAAUACCACGUCAACUGAGGUCUUUCAUACACUUCCACGAAGAUCAGCAUUGAAGCAUCUCAUUCGAGCAGAGAUAUUCCUCGCUUUUAACAAUUCUCUCAAUCUGUUCUUCUCCAAAGUGAAUGCCACCUCCAUGAACAGCCAGACCUCGGCACCGAUCAUGAUAUCCUCCUUUUCCAUGAUUUGCGAUAACCGUCCUCGAAAUCCCGACGAGCUAUCCAGCUAUACGGAAAUCUUCUUGGACAAAUUCCAUCAUUUUUACUUCGGAGAGCGGUGUACUGUCUUGAAAGAAAUUCUUCAUGAGGGUCGAUAUGAUGUUUGGGUUCGUCUAAUGUGGCACUUCCAAUUUCGACCACGUCACAGAUUUCCUUUCUUAUUUCAGAGGGGGACAUAUCUACUCAUCCCAAGGCCUAUUUUCUAUGCACAGUUUGACAUUAAAUUUGAUCCAACACUAGAAUAUGUUAAUGAGCUCAUGGUGGUCACCUAUAUAUUCGUCGAGGCCAUUAAUGAAGACGCAGUAUUUGGUACUAGCAGUAUCGAGUGUGGUAAGUCACUCUUAAGCGUAUUCUUUGUUAUUCUUAAGAAUUUUGGUUUUCGUGAUAGGCGUUCAGUUAGAUUUGAUACGUCAUAUCAGAACCCAACCGCCACCCUUUCUAUUCGUUCAGUUGAUAGAUUAUUUCGGGAGCUACGGCAAGAUGUACCAUUGCAUUACUUGCAGUUGCACUAUCGAUUAGGAGCGAUAUCAGGUACUGCAAGUGCAGCUCGCAAGCUACUCCACUUGAACUCAGAAUUUUUAGCUUUCUGGAGCCUCAAGGAUGAGAGCAAUUCGGCUGCCUUAGUUCUACCAAGCUUUAACCUCAGUUGCGAUUACCCCGAGAAUUAUUCAUACAUAGAAUAUUUAAGUUCUAGUACGCAAAUGAUAAACUGCCAUCACUUCAUUAAAUACUUUGAAAGAGAAGCUCACGAACUGGACUAUAUUUCAGGCGAAAACCACUGUACUAAAGACUUCAAAGAUCAUCGCGAUGGUAAUACGUGCGCUUGA